CAAAAAUGUCACUCUACUUUCUGGGCCCCUGACAAAUUUGCUUUCUUUCGUCGUUCGCCGUUGAAUAUUGCGGGCUCGUGCCUUCAACACCGAAUCAGCCGGCGAUCAUCUGUCCUAAUAGUCGAGCAAAGGUUGUUGAGAAAUGGUUCUGGUUAAAGACGAUUUGGUACAUCAACCCAACUUAAAGGAGCGUGGACGCAAGAAAGCGAUUGAGUCCAACAAUUUUCACCAAACGAAGAAUAAUGUGGUUGAAUGUAAAACAAAAGGAAAGAAAGAAUUGUCUCCAAAAGAAAGUCACAAACGUGAUCUGAACACGAGCGAAUCGACUUUGAUGGAAAAUCUUUAUAACUUUGACAUCACGUUGUCGAGGAAUCUAAGCGUUUGUGCGGACAAAAAAUCAGGGAGAUGGAGAUCGCUGAUGAUUCUUCUUGAAAUCAGUGGGCACGGAGUUCCAUGGAUUGUUGGAACGGUGUUUUCUGUGAUAUUUUUCUCAGAUGUUAAACAAGAAUUCGCUUGUAAUUUGCUUCUAGCUCUGAUAUUCGAUCUAGUCGUAGUUGGAGGCUUAAAAGUUAUGGUGCGACGAAAAAGACCAGUAUAUAACGAAGGAGACAUGUUUGCUACAGUGUCCGUGGAUAAUUACUCAUUUCCUUCUGGUCACUCUACUCGAGCUGCGAUGGUUGCAGGUUUAUUUGCAAUGUUUAUUGAAAAUGGACUUUGGAGAAUUCUGAUUGGUUGUUGGGCCCUGUGCGUGUCGAUGUCUCGUAUCAUACUUGGCAGACAUCACGUGAGUGAUGUGUUCUGUGGUGUUUUGAUUGGUUUGUUACAGUGCUGGACUAUUUGCACCAUUUGGUUGGCAUCCAAGACCUGCCAGGAACUCUUGUCACUUAUACCAUAUUUCUAUGAACUAAGGAAGCAAGGUCAUGUGUUAUUUCAGAAUUGAUAUUGGUAGACAGUAACAAGAAAAAGAGACUGUCCUGUCUUUAGCUGACCUUGCUUCUACCGAGGACUAUCACUCUUGAAAGAUGCAAGUAGACUUUGUCAUUUCUCUAUUGUGCUUUCUAAAGGAUUUCUCAUGUAUAUAGAACUUUCAUGGGAUCAAUAUCAGUAUCUGGGCAACUGCCCACCUACCCCUCCUCUAACCCAACAUUAACCUUAACUUGUUCUCAAUUAACUGUUUUUGAGUUAGGGGAAGGGUAGGUGGGCAGUUGCCCAGAUACUGAUAUUGAUCCCUUUCUUGUUCUAUUAACUUUUUAUUUUGACACAUUUGCAGUCAAGAUCAGGCCCUGGUUGUUCGAGGGUGUAAAAUGCUAUGCACUGUAUAGAUCUCCAUCCUUUGGAUAGUAUAGUAUGUUUUGUUAACACUUAUCAGCUGAAAUAUGGUAUGUAAAUCACCCUUGUUUUG